UCAAUUACCUGUGUGGCACCAUGACGUCACUUGCCUGGGGGCAUCCCUGACCCCUUACGUCACAGGUCGGGUCCUCCUUUUCCUUGGUGUCACUGGAUUAGUCGGGCACGACUAGGCAUUGUUUACGGGCUGGGCAGAACCGGCAAGACUGGUCUUGCGUUGCGUCAUUUUCUGCACGUGUUUUGUUAGCUGUUCGUUUAUAUAGUCUGUCAAAAGACGAAUCUCGAAGUAAGCAUUGGCCCCGCGCAGCAUUAGGUCUUGUAAAGAAGUAUAAGAAGGACUUGAAGACGUCCUCUACUUGAAGCUGAGUCUUCAGCCGGCGUGGCCAUGUCUGUGCGCAUCCUGCACGUGAGGGGAACGCACCGAGAGGUCGGGCUGCAGGUCGGCAGGACCUUCCGACGGCAGAUCGGGGAGUUUCUGCAGAAAUACGCCAACUUCGGAAAGCUUCUCCUGCCCUACUUCGGAACCACGGAGGGGAGACAAGUGUACGAAGGGUACCUGCAGGUGGCCCAGUCAGUGUACCCACAGUACAUGGAGGAGGUACAGGGGGUGGCGGAAGGAGCGGGGGUGUCAUUUGAACACCUGUUCCUCUUACACUGCCGCCCUGAGAUGCUCCUCAUGCUGAAGAGCAAACAAAAAAAUAUCGACGAAACUUCAGGUUGUACAUCUGUGUUCCUGAACUUCCGCAAUGGCCCUAGGAUCCUUGCUCACAACGAGGACGGCGACGCAAACAUCCAAACGUGUGCGUACGUCAUUGCGGCAAACAUUGCACCGUACCAGCUUCCGAACGGCGACGUUCUUCCAGAGGAGAACUUUACCGCGUACUGCUACCCUGGAGUUUUGCCCGGAGUGGCGUACGCCUACAACUCUCACGGCGUCUGCUUCUCCACUAACGCGCUGCUGGCAAAAACGCUCAAGUGUGACAGGAUAGUUCGCCACUUCAUGAACCGUGCCCUCCUAACGGCCUCCUCCGUAGAACAUGCCGUGGACAUGCUCCGGAACACUCCUGUGGGCGUGGCCAUGGGGUUCGGUAGUAACAUAGCAACACUCCAUGACGACAGUGUGAGGAUGUACUCUGUAGAGUGUGCACCGGUUGAUGGGGAAUCUGGCACUCUGGUCUCCCUACGUGGGAUUGAAGCAGUGGAGAAGGGUUCUGUCGGCCACUACUAUCACUACAACAUGUAUGACCACCUGGACAUACCCCAGUGGCUGACCCCAAGUUCUCUACACCGGAAGUCACGUGCUGAUGAGAUGGACCCAGCCAAGACAGUACAGGACGUGCUCAACUUUCUUGGUGACUCAGAAGACCCAGAGUACCCGAUUUAUCGGCAUGGAACAAUGAAAGAUGAAGUCAUAACUGCAACAACAGCUGUUUUUGACCUUGAAGCUGGAGUGCUAGAGAUUUACACGGACAACCCUAAGUCUCAACUAUCGCCAGACUGCAUUUUCCAUCUCUAAAUAUAACCUGCAAUGCAACAGUAA